AUGCUCUUUAAAUUAAGGUCCUGGGAACACUGUACUGCCCACAUUUCUUUGGCUUUCAGUUGGGAGUGUCUUUUCUCAACAAGAUUUCCAUGAUGGUUGAGCCUUUCUUGGGAACCUGGAAGCUGGUCUCCAGUGAAAACUUUGAGGAUUACAUGAAAGAACUGGGAGUGAGUUCUGCCGCCCGGAACGCGGCAGGGUUAGUGAAGCCAAGCGUCAGUAUUAGUGUCAAUGGGGAUACAGUGAACAUCAGAACAGAGAGUCCUUUCAGGAACACCGAGAUCUCCUUCAAGCUGGGGGAAGAAUUUGAUGAAACUACAGCAGACAACCGGAAAGUGAAGAGCACAGUAACAUUGGACAGUGGCUCAAUGAUUCAGGUCCAAAAAUGGCUUGACAAAGAAACAACAAUCAAAAGAAAAAUAGUAGAUGGAAAAAUGGUAGUGGAAUGUACCAUGAAUAAUAUUGUCAGCACUAGAAUCUACGAAAAGGUGUGAAGAAGUGAUCCGCAUCGAUGAAAAGUUGUGCACUAACAGGAGGCUGGUAUUUGAAGAAUCUUUGCCUGAAGGCCAGCGAUUCAAAAAAAAUCUGAAUCUAAAUUUACUCAAUAAAAGCAUCAAAUUAAGUACA